AUGCAGGUUUCCAACAGUUCCUAUGCAGCCCCGCAGUCCUUCAUUCUUAAUGGGAUUCCUGGUCUGGAAGCAUUCCAUGUGUGGAUCUCCCUUCCACUCUGCACAAUGUACGUCAUCUCCCUAGUGGGCAACCUUGGCCUCGUGUACCUCAUCUACCAUGAGGAGUCCUUACACCGCCCGAUGUAUUUCUUUCUGGCCAUGCUCUCUACCAUUGACCUACUAACCUGCACUACCACUCUGCCCAAUGCACUCUGCAUCUUCUGGUUCCACCUUAAGGAAAUUAACUUCAGUGCUUGCCUAGUCCAGAUGUUCUUCGUGCAUGGGUUCACAGGCGUGGAGUCUGGGGUCCUCAUGCUCAUGGCCCUGGACCGCUAUGUUGCCAUUUGCUACCCACUGCGUUAUGCCACCAUUCUUACUUACCCUAUCAUUGCCAAAGCUGGGCUUGCCACCUUCCUGAGAGGUGUGCUCUUGAUGAUUCCCUUUCCAUUCUUGGUCAAGCGUUUGCCAUUCUGCCAAAACAAUAUCAUCUCCCAUACGUAUUGUGACCACAUGUCUGUGGUAAAGUUGUCCUGUGCCAGUAUCAAAGCCGACAUCAUCUACGGUCUCAUCGUUGCUCUCCUGAUUGGAGUGUUUGACAUUUCUUGUAUAUCUGUGUCUUAUACUAUGAUCCUGCGGGCAGUGGUCAGUCUCUCCUCAGCAGAUGCUCGGCAGAAGGCCUUCAGCACCUGCACUGCCCACAUAUCUGCCAUUAUCAUCACCUAUGUUCCAGCGUUUUUCACUUUCUUUACCCACCGUUUUGGGGGUCACACCAUCCCCCCUUCUCUUCACAUCAUUGUAGCUAAUCUUUAUCUUCUUCUUCCUCCAACCUUAAAUCCCAUUGUUUAUGGAAUAAAGACAAAACAGAUUCGAGAUAGCGUCAUUAAAUUCUUUCAGGGUGAGAAAGGUACAAAGUGA